AUGUCCUCAGCCUCAUCUCCCCUCCUUCAGUCCGCAACCAAGGACAAUGCCACCACCACCACCUUCGGCCCAAACGACGCCCUCGCCUACCCUUCACCCUCACACUCUCCCGCAACCACCUACCACCCCAGCAUGCAACAAUCCGCUCCUUCCAUCUUCAACCGUCGCAGGUCUUCAGUCAAGGCCCUCCUCAAGUCUGCCAACCCCCCUGCCUCACCCCUCGACGCCCUCGUCAUGGCCCUCGAGGCAACCGUCGAGGAAGAAGACGAACAUCAAGGCGACGACCGCCUUGACCAGGAAGUUGCCAUGGAGGAAGCUGCUCCCGUCGAGGACGAGGAGGACCCCGACGCCACUAUCCCCUCAUCUCCCACCCUGUUCAUGAAGCGACCCGCCACCGACUCGUCCUCGAUGCAUCACCUGCCUACGAUGUACCUGCCCGAGUCCGCCGUCUCUGCCUCCGUGCAAGGACACAAGGCUUCAGGUCUUACUCCCAGCACCCUCCCCGCUGCGUCGUCGUCGUCGUCCUCGGGCCAACACGGAAGGAACAGCAACGCUUACCGCAAGAUGUCUAUCAGCAGCCAGGGCUCUUCCUCGUCAGCCCAGUCGAACGGCAGUGGGGGCGAACGCACCAAGGAGUACGGUUGCACCAUCGGCAAUUGUGAAAAGAAGUUCUACCAAGUGGCCCAUCUUCGAUCGCACGAGCGGUAA